AAGACCACAUCUCCUACUGGAUCAGCUAAUGAACAGACCACGCCUCCAACAGGAUCAGCUAACGAAAAGACCACAUCUCCUACUGGAUCAGCUAAUGAACAGACCACGCCUCCAACAGCAUCAGCUAAUGAACAGACCACACCUCCAACAGGAUCAGCUAACGAAAAGACCACGCCUCCAACAGCAUCAGCUAAUGAACAGACCACGCCUCCAACAGGAUCAGCUAACGAAAAGACCACAUCUCCUACUGGAUCAGCUAAUGAACAGACCACGUCUCCAACAGCAUCAGCUAAUGAACAGACCACGCCUCCAACAGCAUCAGCUAAUGAACAGACCACGCCUCCAACAGGAUCAGCUAACGAAAAGACCACAUCUCCUACUGGAUCAGCUAAUGAACAGACCACGCCUCCAACAGGAUCAGCUAACGAAAAGACCACAUCUCCUACUGGAUCAGCUAAUGAAAAGACCAUGCCUCCAACAGCAUCAGCCAAUGAAAAGACUACUCCCCCAGCAGCAGCAUCAAAUGAACAGACCACGCCCCUAAGGGCAUCAGCUACUGAACUGACCUCGCCUCCAACAGCAUCAGGCAUUGAAUCAGCCACGCCUCUACCAGCACCAACCAUUGAGACAACUUGCACAUUAUCCGAUAAUGUACAAACCAUACCAUCUGCCUCAUUAACCGUUAGGUCUCCCUCCACUUCAUUAGCCUCCAGUGAUGAAAAGAACAAACCUCCACCAGCCUCAUCUAAUGAAAAUGACACAACUCCAUCAGAGUCAACUAGCAAAAUGACAACUAAUGAAAAUACCAAAUCCCCACAAGCCUCAACCAAUGGCACAACCUCCACUUUACCUGCCUCGCCUAAAGAAAAGACUACACCUUCACCAGCAUCAACCACUGAGACACUCUCUGCUACAUUAAGCUCCAGUGACGACAUAAACAAACUUCAUCCAGCCUCAACUAAUGAGACAGUCUCUGCUUUACCUGACUCAGCUAAUGAUAAGACAGUGCCUUCAACAGCCUCAACUAAUGAAAAGAACACAGCUACAAUAGAGUCAAGUAAUAAAUGGACAACUAAUGAAGAGACCACAUCUCCACAAUCCUCAACCAAUAAAACAACCUCCCAAAAAAAGACUGCUCCCCUACCAGCAUCAAUCACUGAGACAAUCUCUGCUACAUUAAGCUCCAAUGAUGACAAGAACACACCUUCACCAACCUCAACUAAUGAAAAAACUACAUCGUCAUUAGACUCCAAAGAGAGAACCACACCUCCACCAGCCUCAACUAAUGAUACAAUCUCCACUUUGACUGGCCUGGCUAAUGAAAAGAACACCCCUCCCGCAGCAUUAGCCAAUGAAAAAGCCAAACCUAUACCAGGACCAACUAUUGAGACAACCUCCACAUUAUCUGGCUCAGAUAAUGAAAAGACCACUCCAUCUGCAUCAUCAACCAUUGAGUUUGCCUCCUCUUCAUUAGGCUCAGGUGAUGACAAGACCAAACCACCAUCAGUCUUAAAUAAUGACAAGACCACACCUCCACAAGCCACAACUAAAGAAAAUGCUGCACCUCUACAAUCUUCAACCAAUCCACCAGUCUCCAUUGAUAUCACUACUAAAAAUGAAAAGACCACACCACUACCAACAUCAUCCCAUUCCCCCCUAACCUCUAUCAAUGGAAAUAAUAUAACUCCACUUCCUUCAUCCAAAGAAAAGACAAUAUCACCACCAGACAAUGAUAGUAGCAAGGCCACACCUUCACCAGAAAAGCCCUUGGGUCCUGAAGUCUCAGUGAAAGAGAAGAUCUUCUCCAUUAAAUCUACAACUCCAUCCACAAGAAAAAAUGAAUUUAUCCUCAAACCCUUUCUCCUUCCACAAAUCCCUGCUGCACCCGGAAGCUCCUCCCAAAGCAGGGACUCUCCAUCUAGCUGGCUCGAUGUGGAUCACCAACGUCCUUUAAGGAAGAAGCUGUUGAUUCCAGAUCCCAAGCUGAGCUCCUCUGCGAGUGAGACCAACCUCCUGAACACAUCGGGAGAUUUUGACCCAGAUGACUUCAUUGCAAAUGUGAAAAGGCUAGCAAUGCCAUUCAAUCUUCCCCUACGCAAACACAAUAAACAUCGUCUGCAAGCACCUCCGUUUGCCAUGCCUGCCAUCAAAGAAGACCACUUUGAGAAACCCUUUGAUCCGGAGGAGUUCCAGUAUGGCUUGAGGCGAAGGAGAGAAUUCAUUUUGGAUUUGCCUUCAAGUUCAAAAUCAAAGAGUCAAGCUGCAGAAGUCAAGGACGCAGAGAUCAAACCAAAACGAGAGAGCAUCCUCACGAGGUCCGUUAUCUUUCAGAGAGCAAGGAAGGGGUCUGAAAAGGUAGAGGAAGAAAAAGAGGAGGGAACAGAUGUAAAUACAACAGAAACACUGAAGCCAAAAUCUCGUUUGGAGAGAUGCUCUAUCGUAAGCGUUCUACGCAGCCCCAGUAAAGGAAGACGAAUGGAGUUUUUAAGCCCCACUGAGAGUCCUUCAGGUGGACUGUUAUCACCCAGCGAUGGUUCUGGGUAUACAGCACCUCCAGAAUUACAGCUAGCCCCAACUAUAGAACCAACCAAAUUGGUCCCAAUAGAGGAAACCCUAGUUAAGAAUAACAGCCACGAUACACUGUCUGGUUCUCAGGUUAUUCUAAAAUCUAGCUCGGACAUUGGGCUUGCCAUGACACCUGACCUCAAAACGUCUUCAAGAGACCCCACAGUCUCUCUAUUAAAAGACUCUAGUGGUAGCCAAGCUAGUUCCCAGGUUGUACCGACUCCUAUGAAAGAUGAUGAACCUACUCUUGCACCUGACUUGAAAGCAAAUUCAGCAGAACCUUCAGUCACCAUGUUUACAGACACUAAUGUUCCUACUCCCCCCAGUGAUUCCCAGACCAGUUCCCAAGUUGUGCUGAAACCUAUGAAAGAUAUUGGACCUACCCUGGCACCUGACUCGAAAACAACUUCAGCAGACCUUCCAAUCACAAUGUUAACAGACACUGAUGCUCCUCCACCUAGUUGUACUCAGUCUGGUUCCCAGGAUGAUGGACUUGCCAUGACACCUGACCUUAAUGCCUCUACUCCUCCCCGUGGUUCCCAGACUGAUUCCCAGGUUGUACUGAAACCCACUACAGAUGAUGGACCUACACUGACAACUGACUUGAAAAUAACUUCAUUAGACCCUUCAAUCACCACGUUAACAGACGCUAAUACACCUUUGAUGCCUAGUUAUACCCAGUGUGGUUCCCAGGAUGAUCUUAAACUUAUCAAGGAUGAUGGACCUGCAAUAAUACCUGAUCUCCAAAAAACUUCAAGAGACCCCACAGUCACUAUGUUUACAGACACUAAUGAAUCACUGCUUCUCAAUUGUACCCAGACUGGUUCUGAUGAUGCCCUGAAAACAACUACAGUAGAUGUGAAUGCUUCUCCACCAUGUCCUUGCUUUGAUGACAUAAUGUUGCCUUGUUUCCUGGAGAAAUUUCUUCCUGAGGAACCUGAAAACGCUCAACCAUCAAAUAAGAUCAACCCACUGAUGGCUAGAGAAAGUGCCUCAGUUCCUGGUCUAGUGGAUCUGAAUAAGGCUGUUGACGUAGCUGAUGGGAAGAUCCCAGAAGAGACGAUUCCUCCGGCACCUGUAGUUCCAGCGGCUCAAAUCCCUCAAGCUAAACCUCAGCGAACACUUCCAAAUAUUCCAGCUUCUCGCGGAAUCCACCGGCGUCCUGGAAAGAUUGUGAUAUUUGAGCACCAUCAGUUCAGCGGUCAGUCCUUUGAGUUCUACAGGGAUCAACCUGAUUCCACACACAUGAAACUGUCCAGUGUCAUAUCUGUUAAAGUGGUCAGAGGAUGCUGGAUAUUAUAUGAGAAACCGGGAUUUGAGGGACGAUGCAUCCCUCUGGAAGAGGAAGGAGUUAUAGAACUGCCCAAUCAAUGGACAGAAGAGGGUGAAGAAACAUCUGCCCCUGUGGUCAUUGGCUCAAUUCGACUGGCUGUCAUAGACUACACUCCUCCCCGGAUAGAGCUGUUCACCGAGCCCGCUGGAAUGGGCAGAAGCUCUGAGUUUGUGGAUGAAACUGUGGAAGUGGGCAGUUUUAACCGUCCUCAGAGCACCGGCUCCAUCAAAGUCCACAGUGGUCUGUGGAUGGUUUACAGUGAUCCAGGUUUCCAGGGUCUGCUGGCGGUUCUGGAGGCCGGAGAGUAUCCGUUCCCGGAGGCCUGGGGUUUCCCGUCGCCCGUGGUCGGCUCUCUGAGACCUCUGAGAAUGGGCGCUCUGAAGGUCGAGAAGCCAAACGCAGUCAAGGCCGUGUUGUAUGAGAAGGCCGGUCUGGAGGGCCGAUGCAUGGAGGUUCAGGGAGACGUCUUCUCCUUCACCAGGACAGAAACGGACCCGAGCGACCCGGACGAUCACGGACUGAACUGUGUGGAAUCACUCAAGAUCCUCGGAGGCCUGUGGGUGGGAUACGAUGACGAAGAUUUCGAGGGGCAGCAGUUCGUUCUGGAGGAAGGAGAGUAUUUGGACUGGACAGACUGGGGCGGAACGGGGGAACAACUCCUCUCUCUACGGCCCGUUUUCAUGGAUUUCUCCUCCCCUCAUAUGAAGAUGUUUAGUGAGCCGGACUUCUCAGAGCGCGGCGUCUGCAUGGACCUCCUGGAGCCGCUGGAUAACGCCUUGAACACACGCUACGGCCCGCAGACGCGCUCCAUCGAGGUCCUGGCCGGAGUGUGGGUGGUGUUCGAGGGUCCCGGGUUCUCGGGUCAGCAGUAUGUUCUGGAGAAGGGUCUGUACGGAAGCCCGGAGGACUGGGGCUCCUCCCACAGCCGCGUCUGCUCGGCCGUCCCCGUGAUCCUGGAAAAUCUGGAAAGCUCCUGCCACUUCCAGAUGGAGUUAUUCUCUGAGUCUGGAUUCGGAGGAACAUCUGUCCUGCUGAAGGACUCAUUACCCACAAUCCCCAGCGGCUUCAGUGUGCGCUCCUGCAGGGUUCAUGCGGGCAGCUGGCAGGCGUUCAGCGGCGAGUGUUUCUCGGGUCAUCAGUGUGUUCUGGAGGAGGGUUUUUAUCCUGAUCUGAGGACGAUGGGUUUCUCUGAGCCGGACGCAUCAGUGCUGUCUCUGCAGCCCACGGGACUCGAGCUCUCGGUGCCGACGCUGCUGCUGUUCGAGCGAUCUGGACUCCGAGGACGGAGGACGCCGCUGAAGACGGCUUCGGUGAAUCUGCAGCUCACACACAGCUGCUCCAGAGUCUCUUCUGUGCUGGUGCUCGGCGGCAUCUGGGUUCUGUACGAGGAUCAUAACUUCAGAGGCUCUCAGAUCCUGCUGAAGCCUGGCGCCGUUCCUGAUUGGCCCAAACUCUCCUCCUGGCUGCGAAUCGGAUCGCUUCGGCCGCUCAUUCAGAAACAAGUGCAUUUCCGUCUGCGGAACAAAGAGGCGGGGCUUCUGAUGUCCGUCAUCGGAUUAUUGGACGACAUCAAACUGAUGCGUAUCCAGGUGAGCGAGGAAACGGGCGGAGCUGAGCAGAUCUGGACCUAUCAGGACGGUCAGCUGCAGUGCAAGGCUCUGCUGGACGUGUGUGUGUGUGUGAGUUCUGGUGGCCUGAUGUCUGGCAGUAGAGUGGUUCUCUCCGCUGAAGCCGGAACACCGCAGCAGCUCUGGAGCGUCUCGAGCGACGGGAUCAUCCGGAGUCACGCCAGACCAGAGCUUGUGCUGGAGGUCAAAGGGGGUCAGCAGUUUGACAAACACCAGAUUAUCGUGAACGAAUUCCACCCUGACAAACUGAAUCAGCGCUGGUCUCUGGAGCUCCUCUGAGCUGCGCCACAGGACCCACUGCUCUGCUGCGGAGCUGCGCCAGGGGGACCAGCGUCCUGUGAGGCAGCUGCACCAGGAGGACUCUCUUUCUCAUGAGAGCCAGUGGAUGGAAAAUGACCAUAAUCAGCUGGACGUUGUGUUAUUUUCUUAGAUGAACUCUCAGAUCGACAGGAAGAAAACACAUUCUUGAACAAUAAUAACUGUUUUCUUAUGUGUCAAGCGUAUAAACGUGCCUGUGUGGACACUGUAUUAAAGCACAAAGUGUUUAGAAAAUGUUUUUUAAAAAAGUUUGUUGUGUUCUAAUCAGUGAGACGUGAGAUCAGCUCUGUGCUGAUUGGCCCGUGGGGAUUGGCUGGCUGCUGAUUGGCUGUCAGGGGAUUCUGGUGUUUUAUGGUUCAGGAGCUCCAGACAGAAGCCUCUUCUCACAGUCAGCACAAACCAGACCAGUGCUGAUCUGCAUUCGGCCACGAGUUAUGCACUGCUACAAAAAAACAGAUAAUAGUGGAGUGAAUUACAUGAGUUUUUUCUUGUAAUUCUGAGAAUUAUAAAUUGCUUUUUUAAAUCAAUAACUGAAUUUAUUACUGGACUGCACUGUAAAAACAACAUCCUUGUUUAACUUAAAAACUUAAUUCAUUACAACUCAUUUAUCCAAAUAUUGUCUAGUUGAAUUGUGUAUGUAUUCUGUGUAUGAGUUAUUAUUUUCAUGAAAAACAUGUCGUUAUGCAGAGUUAUUAAUUCAUACAAUUUAAAACAAUAACAUAUGGAACAGAAAAAAACAUUCAAAAUAUUAAUAAAAACUAU